GAAUAUUUCUUUAUAGUAUUGAUAUAUUGAAAUUAUUUAAUCUUAAGAAAACCAAGGCGGUUGUACUUUUCAAUUUAUUCUUUCUUUUGAUUACUUGUUCCCGAUUAAAGGGUAUUUCACACGCGUUAUUGAUCAGGGUUGUAGAAUCAGCGUAGCGGAUGCCCUUCGUGAAUUGAGUAAUUUCCAUUUUUGCUACUGUUUUUUUCAUUUAGUUUUUCAUCCCUAUUUUCUUUCAAGUGAGAAGAUCAAUGUUCGAGGAAGUGCAUACCAGAGAGAACAUUGGCCUUCCUUCGGAUAAAAUCCGGAAAGCUUUAAUAGAGCAAAAGAAGUUCAAUUGCACGCUGAAGUGCGCCUAUCGCAGCGUCGUAAGACAUUGGCCGAACGAACAUGCAUGGCAAGAUGAAAUCAGAGCCAAAAUGAACCUGCCAUGUGUGAUGGCCUUUUGCUUUCCUUCUGAACAAAAGAGCUAUACGUCCGAGAUUUUAGCGAACUUUUAUCCGCCCCAAGGAAGUUAUCCUUUCUUCGCUUCAAAGUACAACAAGGUGGAUAGCGGCGAUCGGAUGCAUCAUACCUGGGGGCAAGUCAAGGAACUCUGCAAUACGCGGCGGGUCUAUUGGAUCUUCGUGCCGUUCUCCUUGACCAUUUCCCGAAACGCCAUGAUCUACGAGAUGUUGUAUCAUCACGUGGUGGUCGAGGAAGGGAUUCGCGAGAUCAUCGGCUUUAAUGCCGCACUGGAUGAUGUGCAGCCGUUGUUGGAUUACUUUUCGGCUCGCAAUGCGGGGCUCCGCGCGGAGGUGUUGGCGCCCUCCAUUCUGACCGAUUCGGAGGGCAGUUCCGCGGGGCAGGCGGAUUUCAUUACGCAGUGGCCUUUAUACCUGCGGGAGGAGUUACAGGAUGAGUGGAUUUCCAGCUAUCUGGUCGUGGAGUCGGCCCGGGAGAAGGCCCUGAGCCCCCUCCCUCUCCCCCGGCCGAGCCUCUUUGGGAACGACCCCGCCACCUCCGUUUCGCUGCGAAAGAACAAGGCGAGCGUGCAGCAAGCCUUACGAGCCCGUGGGUUGAAUUACAUCCGUAGCGUGGAGGCGUGGUCGGCGAAUGAGGCUGGGGUGCGUUGGGGGGGUUCGAUUCCUUUCCCGGUGGUGGUAAAACCCGCGUGUGGGUCCGGCUCCGCCCUUGUCACCCUCUGCCACACCGUCGAGGAGCUGCGGGAUGCGUUUCGGGUGUGGGAGGUGCAACGGGUGACCUCGACCGCCUCCCCGGCGAUCCCGAUGGUCGUCGAGGAGUACAUCGACGGGGAGGAGUACGUCUUUGAUACCGUGGGGUUUGAAGGGCGCCAUAUCGUGACGGAUAUGUGGCGGAGCUGGAAGUACCCGAAGAAACUUCUGAGCACGCGGCUCGAGACGAAUGUGGAGCAGGAGAUCCUACGGAUGGCCUCCGACGACCCGACGAUCCUACCUCCGCUGAAGCUGGAGACGUUUUCAUUGUUGUACGAUCGUUUGGAGUUCGUUCACGAUCUGGCGGAGCUCCCGCCGGAUGGAGAUGAGCGGCGGGUGGUGGAUUAUGCCCUACGGUGCAUCGAUGUGCUCGGCAUGCGGAAUGGCUGCACUCAUUGCGAGCUUCGCAUUGACCGGCGAGAAUCCUCCCCUAAUUAUGGAAAGCCUGUUCUUAUUGAACUCAACCCAAGAAUGCAAGGCGACGUCCCACGAUCGACCGAGCUCGUUGGUUAUGAUCAAUUUACCUUGCUUCUGUACUUGUCUGCGGUCGCGGCGGCCCUCCUUAGCACUACUGAAAAGGAAUCGGAUGGGAAAGAGAGCACCAGUCCUGACUUUCGGAGGAGACGCAAUUCAAAUAAAGUGCCGUGUUCGCUGCCAUGGCCGCCUGCCCCACAGCUCUACCGAUCCUUGGUUGAGAAAUCAAGCAACCCGUCGGAGCGCAUCACGCGACACGUGGUUUUCUUUUGUGCGGAGCAGCAUAGUAUUCUGUUUGACCUAGGCGUUGCUAAGGUGAAAGGCCUGCGAACGUACCUUCGCCAUGCACGGGGAAACUUGUUCUCUUUCCUGAAUGUAUGGCAGGCGGUGUACGUUUCCCAAACCGUGGACCUCUUGUCCUCCCCUGGUGCCUGCGUGUUACAAGGUACGGAGGAGGAAAUUAGGAAGGAUACUGAAAUCAUUCGUCGAAUGGAACAAGCCACCAUUCCCAGUAGCAUCAAAUGCCUAUCCCGUCAACUCAUCACAAAUAUCAAGGCGGCCCAAGCCAUGAGUUUACAACUGUAUCUCCACGGGAGAAACCGGUUAGGAGACGACCAGUUGCUGGGUGUAACCAAACCGGUCGGUAUGAGAUUUGCUGACGAUAAAAUGACAACCCCUAAAAUUGAGAUCGAAUUAAGCGAUAUGAGGGGUGAGUAUGGUAAAUCCCCUUGCACUUGCCAAAGCCAAUUAUAUCAAUUGAACGCUGAAAACGAACGAUUGCACGCAGAUUGGGAAAAUGCAUUGCGACAGAUGCCGUAUCCACCUUUAUUCAUUUCAGAGGAGGACUUUUCUUUUAUUCAGGCGGUUAGGUCGAGCUGGAACACGAUGAUUCAGUAUAGCGGAGAACUGAAUACUCAAAUAUUGAAUUGCUCAGCUUUGACUGCAUCAGAGAAAGAAUCCAGCGUAAUAGAGGUUGCAAAGAGAUUGAACUAUUUUUUCUAA